UUAAAUUCUUUCCUCGGAUGCAUAUGAAGUCUUGUUAUGAUGUUUAACAAAUCGUUUGGAACUCCUUUUGGAGGUGGUGCAACAGCAUUUGGGACAACUUCUACUUUUGGACAAAGUUCUGGGUUUGGUUCUACUGGUGCAUUUGGAACAUCAUCAUUUGGAUCAAGUAACAACACAGGAGGACUCUUUGGAAAUACACAAAACAAACCAGGGGGACUCUUUGGAUCAAGUACCUUUAGUCAACCUGCAACCUCCACCAGCACUGGAUUUGGUUUUGGAACAGCAAGUGGUGCUUCAAACAGCCUUUUUGGAAGCGCCAAUACUGGGGGAAGUUUAUUUUCACAGCCAAAUAAUGCCUUCAGCCAGAGCAAGCCAGGGAGCUUUGGAACAUUUGGAACGAGCACUAACACUGGGGGACUAUUUGGCACAACAAGCACCAGCUCUAACCCAUUUGGUGGAACCACUGGAUCCCUUUUUGGAUCCACAAACUUUGGGGCUGCACAGACGGGAACCACUAUUAAGUUUAAUCCUCCUACUGGAAAUGACACGAUGGUGAAAGCAGGUGUCACUACCAGCAUUAAUACCAAACAUCAGUGUAUAACAGCCAUGAAAGAGUAUGAGAAUAAAUCAUUGGAGGAGUUGCGUUUGGAAGAUUACCAAGCAGAAAGAAAGGGCCCUCAGAAUCCAAUUGCAGGAGGCACUGGGGUACUCUUUGGAACCCCAACAGCUGCAUCUAGUACGGCCACGGGUUUAUUUGGAUCAUCUACAGCAAAUACGGGCUUCUCUUUUGGACCAAGCAAAACUGGUUUUGGUACUGGUGCCUUCGGAUCUGGAACUGGUAGCCUCUUUGGUUCACAGCCAUCACAACCAGGAACAAGCCUCUUUAAUAAACCCUUUGGUCAGGCUACAACAACUCCAAGUACUGGCUUUUCAUUUGGCAGUACAAACACUUUGGGUCAGCCCAACACCAGUAGUAUGGGGUUGUUUGGAAACACUUCUGCUUCUCAGUCUGGGGGUCUUUUUGGAAGCUCGACAAAUACCAGUACUGCAACUGCAUUUGGAACAGGAACUGGACUUUUUGGGGCAACAAACACUUCAUUUGGCAACCCUGCUGGGCAGAAUAUGUUUGGUAAUAAAACAACAGGAUUUGGAACCACAACAACAAGUGCACCCUCCUUUGGUACUGGUGCUGGAUUGUUUGGAAAUAAGCCUUCUCUUACUUUGGGCACCAAUACCAAUACUUCCACUUUUGGGUUUGGAUCGGCAGGUGCGAGCUUGUUUGGUAAUAAACCUGCUACUAGUGGAUUAGGCACUGGACUUGUAACACCUUUUGGAUCAGCUCUGGGUACUGGCCAAACAUCCCUAUUUGGAAAUAAUCAACCAAAGAUUGGCUCCACUCUUGGUAGUGUGGGAACUUUUGGGAAUCUUGGAUUCAACACAUCUACUAAUGCUCUGGGGUUUGGAACCCCACAGCAGGCAGUUGCUUUGACUGAUCCAAAUGCCUCAGCAGCACAACAAACUAUAAUACAGCAGUUUUUCAACACGCUGACAUUUUAUCCGUAUGGAGAUUCACCUUUGUUUAGAAACCCCUUGACUGAUCCAAAGAAGAAAGAAGAGAGAUUAAAACCAACAAAUCCUGCAGCCCAGUUAACACUGACAACACAAAAUCGCUAUAGAUUAUCACUUCGUCCUGCAACACGUGUAAGGCCUAAGGCCCUUACUUCCUCCAGUUCAUCUAAAUCACAGCUAUUUGAAGGCUUGGAUGAUGAUGAUCCCCUGUUUUCAAAAGGAUCCUUAGUGCCAAGGAAGAGUAUCAAGAGAUUGGUACUUAAGAACCUGAAUCGUAGCAGCCUUUUCUCUCAAAUGAACCGGGAGAAUGAUGAUCUUGCUUCUCCAUCAGAGUACCCUGAAAAUGGGGACAGAACUAUUGAGGAAGAGUCUGGGACACAGGAGAUUGAGAGAGAUGAUGAGGAUUCAGGAGUUGGCAAAUUUUAUACAAAUCCUAUUGCAAAGCCUAUUCCCCAUACUCCACUUGGAAGUCAGUCCUUUUCACUGCAAGAUACAAUAAAUGAACUUGGCGUACGCAAUGUUGUUCGUAAUGGAUUAGAAGUGAGCAGUGAAGAUGCAUCUUUAGGAGAUGACUCUUUGCAGGAGGAACGAGAAGAGGAGCUUGAUUGUAAUCGACCUCCACAUCCAGCUGGGAUUAUUCUGAACAGAGUUGGUUACUACACCAUACCCUCUAUGGAUGAACUUGCGAGGAUGACCAAUGAAAAUGGAGAAUGUGUUGUUGAAAAUUUUACAAUUGGCAGGAAGGGCUAUGGGUCAGUCUACUUUCCAGGAAGGAUCGAUUUGACCAAUCUAAACCUUGAUGACAUUGUUCAUUUCCGCCGGAAGGAAGUAAUUGUUUACCCAGAUGAUAACCUAAAGCCUCCUGUAGGAGAAGAGCUAAACAGAGCUGCAGAGGUGACACUUGAUGGAGUGUGGCCAGUUGAUAAGACAACACGUACACAGAUCACAAGUCCAGAACGCCUGUUGCAAAUGAAUUUUGAGGGAAGAUUGGAAAAAUCAUGCCUCGACCAGGGUGCUCAGUUCUUGGAAUACAGACCUGAAACAGGUUCCUGGGUUUUUCAGGUGCCUCAUUUCUCCAAAUAUGGACUGAAAUCAGCUGAUGGGGAAGAUGAUGUUCCACCUCCAAAAACCGAUGCCAAGAAGCUAAAAUCUGCUUCAGGGACAACUCCAGGACAGCAGCAGUCACCUGUUCAACAGAUGGCACUUAAUGGAAAAGAAGUACAGAACCAGGAUUUGUUGGAGCAGCUGGGAAGAGUGGCAGAGCUGGACAGUGACAUGGCAGAUAUUACCCAAGAACCACCUCUUGAUGGAAUGUUGGACGAUGAUGACAGUACGGAUAUGACUGAAAAAGAAUUUCCUGCAGAUACUGAACCUUUGUCUACAUCAUCUCAUAUAGCAGCGACACUUGGUAUAAACCCACAUACACUACAGGUUAUGAAGGCAUCCUUGUUUGCAGAUGACGAUGAUUCAGAGUACAAUCAGGAUGAAAGAUUUGGAAAGUUUUCACGGGAAACCAGCUCCCCUAGAGUAUUAAGUGGUUCUCAAGGUGGAGGUAUGAUUUAUCAACGAACAAAAACUGGUACCUUUCUCCAGCCUCAAUCCCAGGAAGCUUAUGGUUCGAGGAAGGCUCCUUGUUCAUUAGCUACAGAGUUUUCAUGGUCCAUGUUUGGAUCCUCUUUUCUAAGGCCACCACCAACUUCGGAGAUGCCUCUCCGUACAGUGGGUGCACGCCGUCAGAUGGGCCCAGUUCCUCUUGAGAAAUCGGUAACCCUUGGCAAAGGAAAACUGCUGAUGGACAUGGCACUCUUCAUGGGACGCUCUUUUCGAAUAGGAUGGGGUCCUAAUUGGAUUUUAACUCAUAGCGGUGAACAGCUUAGCACAACGGCAUGCUGCCAAAGUGAUAGUUCCCUUGAUGUUGUUGGAUAUGGGCUUCUGCCUAGACAACCUCCAGUUAACCAGGUUUCUGAAUACCCAUUAAAAGUCUUCAUAGAGAAAUUGACCAUUGCUGAACCUGAGGUUGAAGAGGAACACCUGAAGUUAUACCAAAGUCCCCUUGAAAUUGAACUCAAAAAUAGCAUUGUCAUCACCGAUGAUCCUUGUCCUUUUAUUCAGCCAGUUCACGGGGUGGAAGCACUUCAUGAAUAUGCAGACUGGAUCACAACUGUGAUUAAAGAGCUGGACACAUGUGACGGGACAGUGAGACACUGGAAGCUUGUCUGGACCUUGUGUGAAGCUCUCUGGGGGCGACUUUGUGCUCCCGAUAUUGAGGUUCGGAGUGAAUAUGCUCAACAUUUGGAACGCAGGAGAGCUUUCUCCAAUUGGUUAUCACAAAGUGUGGCGCAAAAAAUUGAGGAAGAAGUAGCACUUUCUAAAAAGGAGAAUCAUUUGGAUGCAAUCUAUAGCUACUUGACUGGAAAUCACAUUAGUGAGGCUUGCAAACUGGCACAACAAUCUGUUGAUCAUCGACUUUCCUUACUGCUGUCACAAGCAGCAGGGAGUCAGGGCAUCAGAGAAUUGCUUUCUAUGCAGCUAGUGGAUUGGUGUAACCUUCAGAUUGAUUCUCAUAUACAGGAGGAGAGACUAAGAGUGUACACAUUGCUUUCUGGAAAACCGGUAUGGCAGUCUUCAGAUGGCUUUAUUAAUGUGUGCUCUGGACUGGAUUGGAAGCGAUGUGUUGCCAUACAUCUCUGGUAUAUGUUAUCACCUACGGCUACUAUAGCUGAUGCCCUCUGCAAGUAUGAAGAAGCUUUUCUGGGAGACACUCAGAAAUAUGCCUGUGCACCUCUUCCUCUUUAUUUGGAGGAUAUUGGAAUUGAGCAACAGGAACCUGAUGAUAUAGGAAAAUCAAAAAAGCCACUUUAUGAUAUUUGUUUUCAUUUGCUGAAACUCUAUAGUGACAGGCACUAUGACCUGCAGGAGUUGCUUGAUCCCUGUACUGUCACUCCAGAUAGGUUGGAUUACCGAUUAAGCUGGCACCUUUGGAAUGUGCUUCAAGCCUUAAAGUAUUCACAUUUAUCCAGCCAACAGCAGGGGUUGUUGCAUGCAAGUUACGCAGCUCAACUGGAGAGCAGAGGACUUUGGGAAAAGGCAGUUUUUGUUUUACUUCACAUCAGUGAUGCACAUGUGCGAGAAAAGGCUGUUAAAGAGAUGCUCAGACUACAUUGUUCUCUGAUGGAAGCAGAUGAAUCUUCCAAGAAGGAACAUUUUCUUACUGAAAAAUUACUUAUUCCAGUGCAAUGGAUCCAUGAGGCCAAAGCUAUUCGUGCAUGUCAAGAAGGCAACAAACAUAAACAAGCACUUCACUUAUUUAAGGCACGUCACUGGAACCAGUGUCACAAGCUAGUCAUUCAACAUUUGGCUUCAGAUGCAAUCAUCAAUGAGAACCAUGACUACCUUUUGAGUUUCUUGGAAGGUCUUGCACCCCCUGAAAGAAGUGUCCUCAUCCAAGACUGGGAUUCCUCAGGAAAAGUUUUUCUUGAUUAUAUAAGAGUAUUACAGACACUACAAAGAAUGGAGCAGCUGGACAGUCAAGGUUAUGAGCUUGAACAACUUCAUACUGAAGUGACAUCCCUUUGUGGAAGGAUACAGCUUAUUCAGUGCUUUACAGCAAAAGAUAGACUUGCACAAUCAGAUAUGGCAAAGCGAGUGGCGAAUAUUUUGCGUAUUGUUUUGAGUCUUCAGCGAGGAGGUGAGGGUUCUCCAGACUCUCUGCACAUACCCCUUCACCACCUUGCACCACAUAUCGGCCGCUUACCGAUGCCUGAGGAUUAUGCAUUGGAAGAACUUCGCAACCUCACAAGAUCAUACCUGCAAGAGCUUGUCAUCCAGUAAGAAGCUAUCUGGUGUCAAAGAAGAAAGAUACUUUAGAAACUGCUUUUGCAGCAAGACAUUCUAGAAUGAGAAUAUGGCUGUGCUGAUAAUUUCAGAUGUUUAAUAAUUAAACUAUUACAGACACUUAAGAAUUUCCCUGUGUAAAAGGGGUUUUGUUGCUAAUUUUCUUUAAAAGAAAGUGCAACAUGAAUUUAACCUGCACAAGUUAUGCGAGGGUUAUUUACUCAUUCCAGAAACAUGUACCAUAACCUCUGGUUGCAGUCAGUGAGGCUUCCAUUCCCCAUCAAACUGUUACAAAGUCCUAAAAUCAAAAUUCUGUCCCUCUUGGUUUUUAAAAUAUAACUAUUUUUCCUGUUACCCCGUUAAGUUAUAAUUUUAAUUAUUCACUCAGAUGCCAUUUUGUAAUGUAAAGAUGUUUGAAAGAUGGAUACAAUUGCAUGCAGUGAGGGGCACACACAUGAUUUAUGUCUUCCUUUAGUAUAAUGGUUUGAUAUCUUAAAAAGCAAACAUUUUUAUUCUUUAAUCCAUUCAUUAGUAGUUACACCUAUGUUAGUUACCAUUCUUGAAAAAAAUGGUAUGUUAUUUACCAUCUUCUGUAACUGUUUAUAUUUUGGUAAUGCUGGAAGUUUAAAUUCUUAAGUCAUUAUCAUUAGCCAACUAAUGUGACAGCAUUGGAUUUUUUUUUUUUUUUUUUACUUCCCAUUAUUAUUGGUUUACAGUGUAUGUUGGUGCCCUUCAUUUUUAAUUAAAGAAGACUGAGAUGCUUUUUGAACUUAAACAAUAUUAAUAUUUUGUGAUGUGAAAAAGAACAUAUUAAUAGGAUUUUGACAGUUUUUCUUUCUGUAAAGAGGCAAGUAUGUCAUAGCAUUUUGUAGACAUUUUUUAUUCUUUUGUAAUUUCGCCUUAUUUCCUAUAGCAUACAGAAAAGCAAGUCUUGUCAACUUAAAUUGAAGCAAAAAGCAUAUAAAUGUUCAUAUUUUCUACUAGCAAAUCCUUAAGAUUUUGGAAGUUUUAUAAAAGAGCUUAUUAAAUUGGAGUUUCUAAGAGUUUUUCUUAAGUAAUGUUACCUUUUUUCAUUUGCAAGUACAUUUACACUUAACGUCAUGAUCUUGCAAAAUAUGCUUGAUACUAGUCUGUACUCCCACAUGCACAAAAGUAGCUCACCUCACCAAGAACUACAACAACAUAAAUAUUUUUAACAGUUUGUCAGUAGAUGCCUGUAAUUCUAAAAGUAGUAUGUAAUUAUCAAUAAAAUCUAUUCAGGUGCACCUUUUAUGUUUGAGUGAACAACUUUUUUACUCAAACUUUUUGUUUCUUUUUGCCUCCACUGUGAUGCAAUAUUUUUGAUGCAAAUUAAGCUUUCCAAAUUGUAAAUUUUUCAUUUAUGUUCUGUCACAGUUUAUGUAUGUUAUGGCACUGAUUCAGUUAUGUUGAAACAGCUGUCUGGUGUAAACAUAAGUUGUUUAUGUAUUUUUAAGUAAAUUAUACUAUAAAAUGCAUCCUUUAAAGGAGCACAGUCUUUGCAUCCCAUGACCCCAAGUCCCUGACUUGAAAGUUGACUCCUAGAAAAGCAUUGUUAGAUAUUUCCAACUGUACAUAUUGUAUUUAAGUUUGUUGCCCUAAUCUGUCACUAGAGGAGUAUCCUCUUGUUUUUGUGCCUUCUAGGAGAAGGGUCUGGUGCUGUUAUUUUGGGAGUAUUGUCUGCUGUGUGCAUGAUUGUUUUGAUGUUUUACUAUGAAUGCAUUUUGGAAUAAAUGACUGAGUGUCUUCU